GGGAGGGAGGAAUAAUCAUGGAGAAAUAGUUUUACUUUGUGUAAUGGCCCAUCCUCGGCUACACUUGAAAGGAUUUCCGGUAUAGCUAUGCCAGCUGUCCCCCUAGUGGAAACCCAGCUUAUAGAGGCAAAACAAUUCUUUUGUUGAUAUAGCUUGUACCAGUUCUCCAAACAAAAUAAACUGUACCAGCAAAAGGAUUUGUUGCCAGUAUAACUGCAUCUACACUACAAUACUUUUUUCCAGUAUAAAAAUUUCAUAACUCAAACUCCUAAUCAACAGUAUUAUCCAGCAGAACUUUCUGAGUAUACACCUGGUCCUACAGAAUUUUAGGCAGUCAGGGUGAGCUCCACAAAGGGUACUUAGUGUCACAAUCAGAAUGUGGGCAGUUUGAACUAAUGGUCAGAGCAGGAGUCAGGCCAUGACAGGUACCAAGAGGUCAGGGUCCAAGACAGGACUCGGGUGUCAGGAGGCAGACAGGGCCAGGCUACCAGGGGCUUACUAGUAGCUGUAAGUAUUGCAGGAGAAGCAGUUCUAAGCACGGGAAACCCAGCUGCAUGGAUAACUUCCUGUCCUUGUGCUUGGUUUAAAUAGAAGCUGGGAAGCAAUCAGGACCCCACAGUGUUCAGCCCAUCAGAUCCCAGGAUUGGAGUCCUCUGUCAGCAUUCUGCUUCUAUUCUGACAACCAUUAAACAGGUCACCAGAUGGCAGGUUAGAACUUACUAGCUCCUGGGAGCCCUGUGCAUCAGCAUUCAAGAGCCAUAGUCCCUGACAUGUAGGUGGCUAACUCCCAUUUUUAGACACCACUGUGAUCCACAAAACACACGCUUGGCUUCCGCCUAACCCUGUAGGUGCCUAAAGUCACUCAACACCUACGUUUUUGCAGUAAGUUCCCUAUGCAUCUAUGUUUCUGCUUCCGAGCACAGGCACUGCUGCCUCCCUCUGGGCACCCAGACACCUAACUCCCAGCCCCAGAUCGAUACACAAACUGGGGAAAUAUAAAAUAUAUUACUGGGGCUCUGUCCUUUUAAAAUGACCAUAACAUCCAUGCAAUCAGGAUUUAAAUCCAAGCUAAAAAAAAUCCUCCACACUCCCAGCAGUUAACUUCACCAAUCAGAAGUUUGCCCAACCUGACCUCAGUUAAGAUAGUGGAAUCUGAAGGAACAGCUUUCUGCCGCUGAACAGGGUGUUAAAACAUAUCCUGGAAAGUGGCUCAAGAAAAUGAAAGAUCAGUUGAAAGUCUGAGCACGAAACUGGUUAUGUAUGAAGUGAAGGAUUUCAAGUAUGAAUGUGUGGGUGUUCUUGCAUGUGCUGAGGAAAGAAGGAUUUGCAGAGGAGACAAGGGAGAGCUUUGUGUACAGUGCUCACUCUGACACUGCUCAGCCUGUUCUCUGUCUCUGCUUCGCUUCUGACUCUACAGGAACAUGCAGUGGCUCCUCAUUCUCACUCUCUUCACCAUCAUUUAUAUACAACAGGGCACAAGGCAACGGACAACUAGAAGUGAAGCCUGGGGAAAAAUCUGCAGAAGCCAGUGAGGUACAUCAGCGUAAAGAGUUUUGUCACUGGCCAUGCAAAUGCCCCCAUGUGCCAACCUGCACCCUGGGAGUGAGCCUGGUAAAGGAUGGUUGCGAAUGUUGUAAAAUCUGUGCCAAGCAGGCUGGAGAGACCUGUAAUGAAGCAGAGACCUGUGACCCUCACAAAGGACUUUACUGUGAUUACUCUGCAGACAGGCCUAGGUAUGAAACAGGAGUAUGUGCAUAUAUGAUAGCAGUAGGAUGUGAGCUCAAUGGAGUGUAUUAUGUCAAUGGCCAGGCCUUCCAGCCCACCCCACUUUAUAAGUGUCUCUGUGUUAGUGGUGCAAUUGGAUGUACACCUGUAUUCACCCCAAAGGCAGCAGCAAGUCAGUGUGUCAUGGUCAAGGGCAGAAAAAAAUCUGGACAUUCCAACUGUGGCCCUGGACAACAGAAACAGCUACAAUCAACAGGCUACAGAUCAAUGCCAGGUUACAGAAGUCUAUCACUUGUUUUGAAGGAGAAGUGCUUAGUACAGGCAACUUCUUGGACACCUUGUUCCAGAACCUGUGGCAUAGGUAUAUCCAACAGAGUGACCAAUGAAAACAGUAAAUGUGAAAUGAGAAAAGAAGAGAGGUUGUGUAUCAUCCAACCUUGUCAGACCAAUAUAUUGAAGACUAUAAAGAUUCCAAAAGGAAAAACAUGUCAGCCAACAUUCCAGCUUCCCAAAGCAGAGAAGUUAGCCUUUUCGGGAUGCUCAAGCACACAAAGCUACAAACCCACUUUCUGUGGUGUGUGUCUGGACAAGAGAUGUUGCAUACCUAACAAAUCCAAAAUGAUCAUUGUACAGUUUGACUGCCCCAAAGAAGGCUCCUUUAAGUGGAAGAUGAUGUGGAUUACAUCUUGUGUUUGUCAGAGGAUUUGUAGUGAUCCAGGAGAUAUAUUUUCUGGACUCAAGUUAUUAUAACUUACACCAUGGACAGCAGUGUAUCAUCAGGAUGGCAGCAUGCUCAGUUUGAAGAGUUAGCUAAAGAGAAGACCCUUCCACUGAAACCAAACUUGUUGGCAUUCCUCUGUUAAAUACCCUGAGAACAUGGUUUAAGAAUAUCUAUGUAUGUAAAACAAGACACUCAAAAAACCGUAAGAAUUAAAUUGUUUGAAGCGCGAGUAUACAUUUGAGGAACUUCUAGUUAACACAGGGACAGCCAUGGAGGGAAAACAUUUGUAAUUUAAAAAAAUCCACAGGAAUGCAGGGGUGAAUUUGCUCCAUAUUUACACAAAGCACUCCUAGAAAUAGGUGUCUUCCCUUAUCCUCAACAAACAUGUAGGAUGACUACAUGCAACCGACGAAGUGGGUAUUCACCCACAAAAGCUUAUGCUCCAAAACGUCUGUUAGUCUAUAAGGUGCCACAGGACUCUUUGCUGCUUUUACAGAUCCAGACUAACAAGGUUACCCCUCUGAUACAUGUAGGUUUAAAUUAAACAUCCAAAUAACUUAAGAUUCCUUUUUCUACUAACUUUUUUUGCUGUAAUGAUAUAUCAUUCUUGAUCCACAAGAUAGAUAUUCUUACAGCUAC